GCUACGGGCACGCGGCGCCCAGCACGGACGGCGGGAAGGUUUUCUGCAUGCUCUACGCGCUGCUGGGCAUCCCGCUGACCCUGGUGAUGUUCCAGAGCCUGGGCGAGCGCAUCAACACCCUGGUGCGCUCGCUGCUGCGCCGCCUCAAGAAGCGCCUGGGCAUGCGGCGGCCGGAGGUGUCGAUGGCCAACAUGGUGACCAUCGGCUUCUUCUCGUGCGUCAGCACGCUCUGCAUCGGCGCCGCCGCCUUCUCGCACUACGAGAACUGGAGCUUCUUCCAGGCCUACUACUACUGCUUCAUCACGCUGACCACCAUCGGCUUCGGCGACUACGUGGCGCUGCAGAAGGACCACGCGCUGCAGACUCAGCCGCAGUACGUGGCCUUCAGCUUCGUCUACAUCCUCACGGGGCUGACGGUCAUCGGCGCCUUCCUCAACCUGGUGGUGCUGCGCUUCAUGACCAUGAACGCCGAGGACGAGCGCCGCGACGCCGAGCAGCGGGCGCUGCUCAGCCGGGGCGCUCGCUCCGGCGCCGUGGCCGCCGUCCCCGAGGCCGCCGCGGUGGCCCCGGCCGAGAGCGGCUUCAGGAACGUCUACGCCGAGGUGCUGCACUUCCAGUCGGUGUGCUCGUGCCUGUGGUACAAGAGCCGCGAGAAGCUGCAGUAUUCCAUCCCCAUGAUCAUUCCCAGGGAUUUGUCCAGCUCGGACACGGGAGUGGAGCGCAGCCACUCCUCGCCCGCCCGCUGCCCCGAGACUCCGGAGCACCGGUGCUUCUGCCGCUCCCGGCGUUCCGCCAUCAGCUCCGUGUCCACCGGGCUCCAGAGCCUGGCGGCAUUCCCGGGAUUCACCAAGCGGCGCAGCUCCGUGUAGCCCCCUUCACGCCCUCCCGGCCCGGAUCCCUCCUGGAGCGGGAGGAAGCCGUUCCGGACUCGGGAACGACGCCGGAGCGGGGCCGUCCCGGUUGGCUCCGGAAUGGAUUUUAAUUUAAAACCUCUUGGAUUUUAAUUUCACACACACAAAAAACCCCCCCACUCCUUCAAAAUGUGAAACUCGGGAGAGCGGGAGAGCCUCGGAAUCCGGCAGGAUUGGAGGGCACCUCCCACUGUGGGCAGCCAGUCCUGGCCUCUCCACGCUCUGGAUCCUCGGGAAUUCCCCGGGAAGCGCAGAGGGACCCGACGGCCACGGAAAUCAGGCUAAGAGGGGCUUAGCCGGAGCUUUUCCACAUCAGCCGCCCGGGAAAGCAGCCGGGAGUCACGUAGGCUGCUCCAAACCCUGGGAUUUGGGGCUGUUUUAACCCAAAUCCAUAGGGGGGCAGAGCUGGGAGUCCUCGGGAUUUAGCGGGAAUCAUCCGUGGGAGGCUGGCUGAUCCCACAGGAUUUCUGCGUCCAUCCAUACCGAGGGUCUGGGGAUGGGAUUGUUCCCCUCAGGAAGGUGUUUGGGGGACAGUUUGGGAUAUUUUCCCGGGAUCCCCCAUCUCCAUCCUCCCCAAGGCUCCAGGGAUGGAAUUGUUCCUCCUGGGAAGGUAUAUUGGGGAAAAUUCAGGAUAUUUUCCCAUGGGAUCCCCCAUCUCCAUCCUCCCCAAGGCUCCAGGGAUGGAAUUAUUUCCCUCUGAGUGGUUUUUUCAGGGAUAAUCUGGGAUAUUUUCCCAUGGGAUCCCCAUUUCCGUUCUCUCCAAAGCUCUGGGGUUAGAGCUGUUCCUCCUGGGAAGGUAUUUUGGGGAAAAUCCAGGAUAUUUUCCCAUGGGAUCCCCAUCUCCAUCCUCCCCAAGGCUCCAGGGAUGGAAUUGUUCCCCUCAGGGAGGUUUUUUUGGUAUAUUUUUCCCUUGGAUCCCCAUCUCCAUCCUCACUGGGACUCUGGGAAUGGAACUGUUCCCUCGGGGAGGAAUUUUGGGGGCAAUAAUCCCCCAUUUCCCUCCUCACCAGGACUCCGGGGAUGGAAUCUUUCCCUCAGAGAGAAAUCUGGGAUAUUACAACACUUCUCCAUCCUUUCCUCCACACCCCAUCCCACCACCACCCUCACUCCCGGGACACUCCCGGAAUUCCCUGGGAUACCCCGGGGGUCACCUCUGUCACCACCACCCCAACAGGGGAGCAAAACUUCCCUCCUUUCCCAUUCCCGCCCUUCCAGGAUGGGAAUUUCCCCUCCCAGCACCCAAAGCCCCCUCCAGGGGACACGGAGGGGACACGGGGGGGACCGUCCUGGAGCGCUGGAGGUGGCAGGGGGGGACUGUGGGGAUGUUCCGUCACCUUUCCAGAGAGGGAAAAAAAAAAAAUCCAUGGAUUUCUGAUCCUUGAGCUGUGCAUUUGUGAGAUUCCUGAGGAUAUUUAUUACCAACGGCGCUAUCCACGGAAUGCCGGAAAUAUCCGUCGGAGAGGAGGCUCGGGGGACACUUCCUGACGAUUCCAGGGAGGAAUUUUUGCAUCUUCCUCAUCCAGGGGCGCCCAAUUCCUGCCGGGAAGGGUUCCCUGGUCCUCAUGCCAAAGCCGAUGUGUCCCGCGGGGUUCGAUUCCUUGGAGAGAGAAAUAAA